AUGCAGCAAGAAGCAACCAUUUACGGCGGAGAGCCGAACCCGUUGGACACUACGGGCUUGUGCCUGCUGUCCCUGGAUGGUGGGGGUGUGCGAGGCCUCUCAUCACUCUACAUCCUGAAGAGCAUCAUGGAUCGACUUAACCACGCGCGGGAGCAGAGCCAGCUCCCUCCCGUGAAGCCUCUCAUCGCGAUCAUGCUCGGCCGGCUCGAGAUGGAUGUCGAUCAGUGCAUUGACGCAUACAGCGAUCUUGCAGCAGCAGUGUUCAGCGAGAAGCUGCACUCAGUCCCUAUCAACUUCAAGGGUAAUAUCACAGCCCGGUUCAACUCGGCGACGCUGGAAAGCGCGAUCCUAAAGGUUGUUGAGGACAGUGGUGCUGAUAAGCAGGAUCUAUUUGAUGAUGCCGCAGCACGUGGAUGCAAAACUUUCGUUUGUACUGCCGACCGCCAUACAAAGGACAUUGUUCGCCUCAGAAGCUACAGCCUUUCUCACGAGCCAAAGAUCCGCACGACGAUAUGUCAAGCUGCCCUUGCGACAUCUGCAGCCACAACCUUCUUUGAACCCGUCAGCAUCGGAAACCGCUCAUUUGCUGAUGGCGGACUAGGCGCGAACAACCCAGUGGACGAAGUGGAAGGUGAGGCGUCGAACAUAUGGUUCCCUGAGACGGGAGAUCUCAAGCCGCACGUGAAGUGCUUCAUAUCGAUCGGGACAGGUAACCCAGGCAAGAAGCCGUUCGAGGACAAUAUUUUCAAGUUCCUCGGGCAGACAGUAGUGCAGAUUGCAACCGAGACGGAGAACACCGAGAGAAGGUUCAUAGCGAGAUGGGCAAAACAAUUCGACGAGAAGCGGUACUUCCGGUUGAAUGUCGAGCAGGGACUACAGGAGAUUGGGCUUGAGGAGUACAAGAAGAAGGGGGCGAUAGAGGCGGCAACAGAGGGCUAUCUCACGCACAUAACACAGAAGUUCCGGGUGAGGGACUGCAUUGAGAACAUGAGACUCAAAGAGAACAAGACUGAGAUGUCAUUCUCCACUAUUUUACACAAACAUACUACCCGCGCCAACCAAAGGCAGUGGAAAUCAGUUCAUCGCUUUGACGUACCAUUCGACCUUACCUAUAUGCCGGUGAUUGAAACAAACUUCAUGGGUCGGCAGGAAGAGCUAGAGCAGCUGUGGCAGUCUAUACAGCCAUCUAGGUCUGAACAGCAGAAAGUUGCCAUUGUUCAUGGGCUUGGAGGGAUGGGAAAGACACAGCUAGCAAUUCGCUUCGCACGAGACCACAAACGUGAUUUCACUGCUAUCUUUUGGUUGAAUGGCAAGGAUCGAGCCACUCUUGUGCAAUCUCUAAGCUCAAAUUUGCCACGGCUAACAGGCCAGUCUCAAAACGCCGAUGCGAUCAUUGACGAAGAAGCGGAGCAGCGAUCUACGUAUGUUUUGCGGUGGCUAGCAUUGGAGGGGAACUCGCGAUGGCUAAUCAUUUUUGAUAACAUCGAUCAAUACUCUCCCGCUAAUAGUGUUGUUCGUCAAGCGUAUGAUGUUCAGAAAUUUUUCCCUGGAGCUGAUCAUGGCUCUAUUCUUAUCACGUCUCGGCUCGAAUCAUUGACUGAGCUAGGGGAGUCUUUUCCAAUACAUAGGCUGAACCCCAAGGAUGCGAUCCAACUACUCUUGCGAAGCAGUCGUCUAUCAGUGGAUACUACUGUCGGCGAGCUUAGGAACAGCCCAGAAAUCCUUACCCUUGCCAGUCGUCUGGAUGGGCUGCCGUUGGCCAUUGUUAUCGCCGGGUCCUACAUACGUAAAACUGGAACCAGUGUCACUAGGUAUUUGCAACUUUACCAAGAGUCAUGGUCCAGCUUGCAGUCGCAAUCGAGAUCUGGGCCCCAGUAUCAACAUGGUAACAUGCUACAGACGUGGCUGAUAUCAUAUCGCGAGAUUCAAAAGCGGGACUCAAAGGCAGCUCAGCUACUGUUGCUUCUUGCUCACUUUGACAAUCAGGACACCUGGUAUGAAUUAAUUCAAAGUGGUUGCGAAGGCUCAGACGUCCCAUUGUGGCUUUACGAAAGCGCUGCAACCUUUCUUGCAUUUUCGAUCAGAGUGAGCAUUCUCAUCGAAUUCUCCCUUCUUGAAGUCAAGCAACAGAAGGAAAGCUACACAAUGCAUCCAGUGGUACAAGACUGGUGCCUUCACGUCUCUAGCACUGAUAGAUAUCUGGUUUCGCUUCGGCUAAAUGAGCUGGCAUUGAUCUCUGUUGGAUACACUGUGCCUAAUUUGAGCGAGAAGAAUUCGGCAGAGCUUCAGCGACGGCUUAUUCCGCACGCCAAUCGCAUUCUUGAUACAGAUUGGUCAGGAGAAGAUACUAGAGUACAGGGGGCUUUGAAUGGUCUAGGAAAUCUCUACAGGCAUCAGGGAAAGUUGAAGGAAGCUGAGGAGAUAUACCAGCGAGCUAUGGCAGGGAAGGGGAUGGCCCUCGGUCCAGAUCACACAUCUACUCUUAAUACAGUCCACAACCUUGGUGCUCUCUACUAUGAUCAGGGAAAGCUAAACAAGGCAGAGGAGAUGUACCAGCGAGCACUAUCGGGAUAUAAGAAGGCUCUCGGUCCAGAUCAUUCGUCGACCCUUAGCACAGUCCACCAACUUGGUGCUCUCUACUCUAAGCAGGGAAAGCUUAAGAAGGCAGAGGAGAUGUACCAGCGAGCACUUAUAGGAUCCGAGAAGGCCGUUGGUCUAGAUCAUACGUCGACCCUCGAAAUAUUCAACAGCCUUGGGAAUCUCUACUCUAAGCAGGAAAAGCUUAAGAAGGCAGAGGAGAUGUACCAGCGAGCAAUAUCAGGAUAUGAGAAGGCUCUCGGUCUAGGUCACACGUCAACCCUCAAUACAAUAAACAACCUUGGUGCUCUCUACAGAGAUCAGGGGAAGUUGAAGGAAGCUGAAGAGAUGUACCAGCGAGCUCUAGUAGGCAAGGAGAAGGCCCUCGGGCUAGAUCAUACGUCUACGCUCGAUACAGUCAACAACCUUGGUCUUCUUUACUCUGACCAGGGGAAGUUGAAGGAAGCUGAAGAGAUGUACCAGCGAGCUCUAGCAGGCAAUGAGAAGGCCCUCGGGCUAGAUCAUACGUCUACUCUCAAUACAAUCAACAACCUUGGUUCUCUCUACUAUGAUCAGGGGAAGCUGAAUAAGGCAGAAGAGAUGUAUCAACGAGCAAUAUCAGGAUACGAGAAGGGCCUCGGUCCAGAUCACACGUCUACCCUCGAUACAAUCAACAACCUUGGUGCUCUCUACUCCAAUCAGGGGAAGCUGAAUAAGGCAGAGAAGAUGUACCAACGAGCUCUAGCAGGCUGUGAGAAGGCCCUCAGUCUAGACCACACGUCUACCCUCAAUGCAGUUAACAACCUUGGGAAUCUCUACACUAAGCAGGGGAAGCUAAUGGAGGCAGAGGAGAUGUACCAGCGAGCUCUAGCAGGAUACGAGAAGGCCCUCGGUCUAGGUCACACGUUUACCCUCAAUACAGUUAACAACCUUGGGAAUCUCUACUCUAAGCAGGGAAAGCUAAAUGAGGCAGAGGAGAUGUACCAGCGAGCUCUAGUAGGCUGUGAGAAGGCCCUCGGUCUAGAUCAUACGUCGACCCUCGACGAACUUAACAACCUUGGCGCUCUCUACUAUAAUCAGGGGAAACUGAACGAGGCAGAAGAGAUGUACCAGAGAGCUCUAGCAGGAUACGAGAGGGCCCUCGGCCCUGAUCACACAUCGACCCUUGUUACAGUCAACAACCUUGGAAAUCUCUACUCUAAGCAGGGGAAGCCAGAGAAGGCAGAGGAGAUGUACCAGCGAGCACUGGCAGGGAAGGAGAAGGCCCUUGGUCCAGAUCCCACGUCGACUCUUGAUGCAUUCAACAACCUUGGUCUUCUAUACUCUGACCAGGGAAAGCUAAAUAAGGCUGAGGAGAUGUACCAGCAAGAACUGCCUGGCAGUCGGAAGGCCACGGAUCUCAAUUUUAGUAGGGGACAGCGGGCUGUAAAGAGAUUCACCAAGUGGCUUAAGCAUCGCCAAUAG